GUUUUUUCUUGCUUAAACAUUUCUCGAAACGAAAGGUGUGCUGGCCAUAUUACUAUUGCGUUACUGUCACAUUCAUACCCGAAGCAUUCAGGGUGAGCGCGAAUCUUUACUUGCUCCGCUUGCUCCGUUUUCGAAAGUCUUUUGUCGAUAAUUUAUUGGUGGAAUCGGAACGGGAAAAGUCGUGCCUGGGUUUCAAUUGAGGUGACGAAGACAAGACGAAUCCGGCAGGUCAAUUCUCCAGGUUCCUUUCGUUCUCUGUUUGCGAUGACGACCAGAUACUCGCGUACGGCGGAUAAGGCUCUCAACGAGAAAAACGCAGCCGUUCUCAAGUCGCUUUUGCAAAGGCCCGGAAAUAAAUACUGUGUCGAUUGUAAACGCAAAGAUCCUCGCUGGGCAUCAUGGAAUCUGGGCAUCUUUAUGUGCAUUCGAUGUUCGGGUAUUCAUCGUUCACUGGGCACGCACAUUAGUAAAGUGAAAUCUGUGGAUUUGGACACUUGGAUUCCUGAUCAGGUGGAAAACAUGGUGAAGUGGGGCAAUGAAAGAGCCAACAAGUAUUGGGAAGCGAAUCUCAAGGAUAAGCGACCAUCGGAACACAAUAUGGAAAUGUGGAUUCGAGCGAAAUAUGAGCAGAAACGUUGGGCAAUGAAAGGACCUAUUCCGGAUCCGAGUACGCUGGAUGGUGACAACACUGAAAUCACUCAGACUGCCGCGCCGGUGGCAGCCAAGAAGCCAUCUGCUUCACGGGAACAGCAAAACCAUAGCGUGAAACCAAAGGAAGCAGCGAGUCUGGAUGAUUUUUUCGGAUCAUCGUCACCAGCCUCUUUUUCCACGGCUCCUAAACCCGCCAACCCUCCAGUCACCGCACAACUUCAAGGCGCCGAUUUCUUCAGUACAACGCCUUCUUCGCCAGUCGUUGCUCAGGAAUCACCUAAGUCGAAACACGACGAUAUAAAAUCCUCCAUCCUGUCACUGUAUGGUGCCAAACCUUCGAUCCCUAACAACACGGGUAGCUAUGCAACCAAUAUGACGAAUUACCAGCAGCAAUUAUCCGGAUUAUCCACCGGUUCGCCUGGCGGUGUCAUCCCUCAAGCGCCACCCGCUUACGAUAAUAUUUGGGGGACAUUUACCAGUGCUCCUGCCGUUACCCAGCAACCAGCCCAACCACAAGGAAGUCAAUUCUUUUCAUCCAUGGCUGCUUCUCCUUCCCCACCACCGAAAAAACCUGCUUAUGAUGCUUUUGCUGAUUUGUUAAAGUAGUCUCCUAGAAUGAUAAUCGCUGCUCUUUUGAGUAUUCAUUCAUUUAUCCUUAUUUCAUUAGAACUGGAAAGAUUUUGGAAAAAGAAAAUCGUACCAAUGAUGAUGCCUCGCAAUACGAUUUUAUCAGAUCAAUAAUAAAAAAUUGAAAAACGUGC